AUGCCCACCAACCCAGCCGAAGCGUAUGCUGAGAAGCUAAGACAUGAACGUAAAGCGAACCCGAUUAUAAUUAACGAUUUAGACGAAAAAGUUACUGCAAGUAGGUCCUGGCGCUACCGUCCUGUAUUGAAAGCAUUCAUUAGAGUAAAAUUACCUGAAUGCACCAGGAUCAUCCAAGUAGUUCCUUUCGGAGCAAGUGCGUGGUGUAAGACCUUUCGCAUUGAUGCGAAGUUGGAAAAUGGCGACCUCAGGUCGUACUUCAUGAAGGUAAUCUCGUUCGCAUCUUGA